AAGUGUAAUGACCCACAUCUUCCGUGUAACUGCGCAUGCGCUGUAGCGUUAACGCUUUCCUCUUCCCUGCUACUGAUUAUAGUGGAGUCCAGAGGUAUUCGAUUUUAUUUCACGGAUUGUUUUUGCUCAUUAAGAGGAUUAAGAGUGUCUUUUAUGAGUAAUCAAAGGCAGCAGAAGCCUACGCUUACAGGCCAGCGUUUCAAAACCCGCAAAAGAGAUGAAAAGGAGAGGUUUGACCCCUCCCAGUUUCAGGAAAGUAUCAUACAAGGUCUGAACCAAACUGGCACUGAUUUGGAAGCUGUCGCAAAGUUCCUUGAUGCCUCUGGUGCCAAGCUUGACUACCGACGCUAUGCUGAAACUCUGUUCGACAUCCUGGUGGCUGGUGGGAUGCUGGCCCCAGGGGGGACCUUAUCAGAUGACGUGACCCCCACUGAGUUUUGUCUCUUCAAAGCAAACGAGGACAUAGAGACCAUGCAGGCAUAUGCACAGGUCUUUAACAAGCUCAUCAGGCGUUACAAAUACUUGGAGAAAGGAUUUGAGGAGGAGAUCAAAAAGCUGCUGCUGUUUCUCAAGGGCUUCACAGAGUCUGAGCGCAACAAGCUGGCCAUGCUAACAGGGAUUCUGUUAGCCAACGGCAAUAUCUCUGCAUCCAUUCUUAGCAGCCUCUUCAAUGAGAACCUCGUCAAAGAAGGUGUUUCGGCAGCCUUCGCUGUAAAACUCUUCAAAUCCUGGCUCACUGAAAAGGACAUCAGCUCUGUUGCUGCCAGUCUCCGAAAGGUUGGCAUGGACAACAGGCUCAUGGAGCUUUUCCCUGCCAACAAGCGCAGUUGUGAGCACUUCUCUAAGUACUUCACAGAUGCCGGGCUCAAGGAGCUUUCGGACUUUGCCAGGAACCAGCAGUCCAUAGGGGCUCGCAAGGAGCUGCAGAAAGAGCUUCAGGAGCAGAUGUCACGCGGGGACCCACUCAAAGAUAUCAUUGCCUACGUCCGAGAGGAAAUCAAGAAGAACAACAUCUCUGAGCAGACGAUGAUUGGACUAAUUUGGUCCAGCAUUAUGAGCUUGGUGGAGUGGAACAAGAAAGAGGAGCUGGUCACAGAACAAGCCAUCAAACAUUUAAAGCAAUACAGCCCACUGUUGAAGGCUUUUACCUCCCAGGGCCUCUCUGAACUGACUCUCCUGCUGAAGAUCCAGGAGUACUGUUAUGACAACAUCCACUUCAUGAAGGCUUUCCAGAAAAUCGUCGUACUGCUCUACAAAGCGGAUUGUGUGAGUGAGGAGGCAAUUCUUAAGUGGUACAACGAAGCCCACCUUGCCAAAGGAAAGAGCAUUUUCCUUGAACAGAUGAAAAAGUUUGUUGAAUGGCUGAAGAACGCAGAGGAAGAGUCUGAGUCUGAGGAGGAGGAGGCAGACUGAGGACCUCUAGCUAUAAACACCAUCAUGAUAUGUAUUUUUACAUUAACAUAGCAUUAGAAGUCUGUCUUUAUCCCCCCCCCCCCCUGCUCUACUCCCUACCUCCUCAUAUCUAGUUAAACUGUAAUGUAAGGGCUUUCAGAAAUUUGAUUUUUAACAUCUUUACGUUCUGAAUCAAUGCUUGUACUCUUCUUUGGGAGCUGGUCACAGUGUCACAUUUAGCUGAAUAGAUCAUAACCCCUUUCGGGUGGCAAAGAGGGACUUUGCUUUUCUUUUUUUUCUUUUUUUUUUGGAUAGACUGUUCCCUUUAAAAUUAGCCAGUUUAGAGACAUAUUUCACAGCUAUUAUAUUUAGUCAUGGAGCUCUUAUUUCCCAGAGGCCCAUCUGUGUAACCAUGAUAUCUUUCUCCCAUGAAAGGCAAACUGUUUUGUAACCUAACGUUAAAUUUCUGCCAAUCACGUGACAGUCUUUCAACUUUUGCCAGUUUUUUUUUUAAUUCUGUAUACAUCAUUGGCGAUGGAGAUGUGCCAUUUCAAACGGCAAUGGUUAUUGUUGCAUUGCCCCAUGAAAUGAAACUGGAUGGCUCAAUACAUCUCCUGUAACAGAGCCAUUCUAGCAUUGUACCCCUUUCCUUUACCAUACAGUUUGACUUUUUCAAAAUAAAUUCAAAUAAAUGGUUUUCAUUA